GCGAAGCCGCGAGCGUCACUGGGGCAACCUGACUGUGGGAGGGCGGGGCAGGAGGAACAAGGAGACUGGGCAACCGUUACCCCUGGCAACAGCGGAGCCCUGGGAGCAGGUAGCGAGCAGCCUGAGGAGCGAGGCCUGCACUCGACCGAGGCGAGGAGGAUGCGGGAGGGCGUGAAGGAGGAAGCGCUGCUGCUGGCCCGCGAUUACCUGCAGCACUGCCUGAACCCGGCCCGGGAGCCGAGGCCGCCCAACAAGACGGCCUUCACCCUCCGCAAAGUGGCGGACCAGAUGGUGGAGCAGCACCAGGCCGCCUUCAGCAACAUGAAGAGCCGCUUCGACAACGGCCUGCAGAUGGCGGCUUGGCCGCGGAAGGCGGCGGCCGGGCCCGAGGGGGAAGCGGCGUCGGGCCGGGCGGAGGCCGAAACCGCGGCGGCGGCGGCGGUGGCCGCGGCCGACUUCCUGCGCCGGGUGGUGGAGGAGAUGUCGGCCGACGAGAAGAUGAACUGGGGCCGGGUGGUGAGCAUCUUCGCGUUCGCCGGGGUGUUGGGCCGGCACAUGAGGGACUCGGGCAUCGUCAUGAGCCCGGAGGCCGGGCCCAGCCUUGUGGAUUCGCUGGCGGAGAGUGUGGCCAAUUAUCUGGGCAAGGAGCGGCGAGAGUGGAUUGAACAGAACGGGGGCUGGGAGGGAUUUCUCAGAUUCUUUGGCAGUGAUGACCAUUGGCAAGAGUCAACAGUACGCAACAUGCUGAUAACAGUUGCUGGGUUUGGCAUAGCUGGAUUAGCUUGUCUUCUUGCUGUCCGAUAGACUGGUGCUUCUGACCAAUUGGAACAAUUGCUAACAUCUAGAAGAUAUAAAUUUCUCAGCACAAUGUUUUCCGUUUUUAUCUUCACUUCUAAGGUAUUUUUGGAGGUUUCCAUUGUGUGCGACAUUACAGCAAGAAACCAGAAGAUUUUCAAAAAUUGUCUGCAGUUUUGCUAGUGUUAUGUUUGUACACUUAAAUUUCAUUUAAUAUACUGCCUACAAUACAACAAAGUAUCUCUUAAUCUUUUUAAAAAGGCUUUUGUAAGAAUAGUGCAUUGAAGAAAAAAGGCAAGGUUAUGACCAACCUGGAAAUUAGAAGCCUUUUUCUACAGCCUAGUUCUGUUCUGAGAAUCUCAAAGAAUUGCACUAACUUAUUGAGUAAUCUAGAUAUGACAAGGCAUAGCCAAAUACAAUUGACUCAUCACAAGACAUCCAUUUGUUCUUUUUGCAAUAGAAUAUCAGUUGUGGCAUCUGAUGUCUUUUUCCAAAUUUUAAAUUAAAAGAAACCACCUAAUAUAAAACCUUUCAGUGUAUAUAUAAAGUACUGUUAGUUUCUCAUCUUCCAUUUUCCUGUCAUUAGUUUUGAUCUGCGAAAGUCCAUUAUUAUUUUGUAGUAAUACUUAUUCAAUCUUUUUAGUCUUAAAUGAUAACAAUUUUAAUGGAAUAUGGUAUUUCCAUAUCUCUGUACAGUGUAAACAUUAGCUAGCAAACCAUUGCAAGCAAAGUAACUUUUUAAUUUUUUUCCACUAGCAAAGUGUUAAUAAUUCUGUACUGUAUCAAGGUUGUAUUACAUUGUACAUGCAAGUUAGAAUGUUGUAAGCAAUUCAGUUGUGGAAGUUGGUAAAUCACAAUUUAAACAUCCCACAUAUUAAAUUGCAUAAUAGUAUUUAUUUUAUUAAAAUAAAAUCAUGCUGUGAUUUUUAAUCAGCUUUGAAAAGCUCGCUUUUACCUGAGCAUUUAUCCUUGGUGUAUGGAGCUAUUAAUAUUAUAUAUAGUUCCUGUAUUCUUUGGGAUGUUCUCAGACAUAGGAUGUCAAAUUUGUUUGGUUGAUCAACAAAAUUCCUUGCUGUGCUCUAAUUAUUUCUAAGUAGUGUUAGAGGAGGAAACACUGCUUUUUCGGGGUUUCCCUGUAUAUGUAUUACUUUACUGUCUUUUGUUUUUCCCCAGCUCUGAUAUAUGUAUGCCAUUUGGGUACAAUGCUUUAAUAAGCAAGUAAUUCUAUAGUUUCAAAUAAUUUUAAUUUUUAAAAUGUUAAUGUGUCUAAGUUUUAUCUUCCCCAAAUAUGAUGGUGUGCUUGUGGCUAAAGUUGGUUGUGACUUUUCUGUAAUGCUAAAAUGGCAAAACCAAUGAAACUUGCAAAUUUUGA